GCUAGCGGUUGUGAGACACUAGCAAGCCAGACCAAGCAAGCCAGCUCGGCGCUCUCGCGGCAUUGAUGCCAAUUGGUCGCGUGUGCGAGCGCAGGGAGCACGAAAUUUGAAUACAGAUUGCUGCUGGGGCGAGAGACCGCACCAAAUUCGCUGUGGCACAAGCUGAGACCAGCUGCCUGAGACACAGCUUACUGCGCGCCACUAGACGCCGUCGCUGCGCAACAGUCGUUACUGUACGCCACCAGUACGCCGUCGCUGCGCAGCCAUGCAGACGCUCACGCUGCGCCGACUCGGCGGCGACCCGCCCUGGUACGAGGUGCCGGCGGCCGCGGCGCGAGCGGUGGCCGACGACGUCUUCCAGAGCGACCGUCUCCUCAGGGACGACGGCACGCUGCGCCUGAGCCCGGCGAAUCUCUUCACGGCGGCCGAGAAGGUCAUCGCACGCGGCGCCACCGUCGUGAUCGCGGGCGGCGACGAGGCCGAACGGAGAUGCACGCCCGGCGACGCGUCGGCGCUCGCGGACGAGUUCCGCGCCGCUGGGAGAACCGCCGCGGCGGACGCGUGGGAGGCGAAGCACGGCGACGGCGCGUUUGCAGCGAUAUGGGUCGCAAAACCGCAGUCCGCAACUCCCAGAACCGGCUUGGCCGUCUGCCGCGUCCGCGCGCGGAGCUUGCGGGUCUGCGAGUUCGAGGACGACGUCUCCCUCGCUAGAUUGGAAGCCGCAUUAGCGGGAGAGGGCUGCCGCGAGGUGCUCGUCGUGUCGACCGACGACGGCGCCGCCGCGGCGGACGUUGCCAAAAGAUGCGGGGCGUCAAUAACAAAGGUCCCGCCGGCGUCGUACGGCGGACCGCCACAAGAGAUCCAGCGCUCGCUCGCCGAGCGCUGCGGCGGCGACGCGGCGGAAGAGGCGGCACGUUCAGUGCCUCCGGUCGCGUUGAAGGCCUGCGCGGCGGUCCUCGAGCGCCUCGCGGCGACGGACCCAGCGACGGGCCCACGCGUCCUGGACUUCGACCUGUCCCUCGACGACCCCACGACCUGCCUGCGGUUGGAUGCGGCUACGUUACGAGCGCUGGCCCUGGUCGACGACGACUCGGUCCUCGCGUUGCUGCGCGGGCACGCCGCGACGGCCGCCGGCCGGAAGCGGCUCGAGGCCUGGUUACGACGGCCCCUCGCGGACGUGCCUACGUUAAAAGCCCGCCAGGCCGCCGUGGCUGCUCUUGUGGACGACGAGACGGCGCGGCAAGGCACGCGCCGGGCGCUCAAACACCGCAGCUGCGCCGACGCCGACCGCCUCGCCGCCGCGUUCGCGCGCGAGUCCAUCCCGCUGCGCGACCUCGUCGCGACGCACGCGCUGCGCGAGCGGCUCGUGAGUUGUGCCGCGGCUCUACAAGGGGACGGGCUGCGGGACGUGAAGCAGGCCGUGGGCCGCGCCGCGAAGAGCCUGGAGAAGCUCGCGCUACUGGUCGAGGAGGUCGUCGACGUCGAGGCGCUGCCGCGCGUGUCCUGCGUCCCUAGUUCGGGUCCGCGACGAGAUAAGACGCCAUCGACCACGCAGGCGGCUCAAGGUGCGCACGACCCUCUGCGGCGCGCUCGCGCAAGCCUCGUCCCGCCGCGACGCCGCCGAGGACGCGUUGCACGAGGCCGUCGCCGCCGCCGAAGCGACCCUGUUCCCCUCGCAAAAGAAGCCCGCGAAGCGCGCCAAGACGACGCCGAAGCUGAAGCUCGAGGCCGACGACCAGCGGGGUCAUGUUUUAAGAGUGACGAAGGCCGGCGCCGCGGCGGUGCGGAAGGCCUCGCACGUCACUUUGCUAGCGACGCGGCGCGGCGGCGAGGUGCUGUUCACGACGAAGGACGUCGCGAAGCGCGCCUCGGACCUGCUCCAGGCGUCGAAUGCUUGUAGUGCGGCAUCUGUCGAGAUCCUGCGCGAGUGCUCGAAGGUCGCGGGGACCUUCCGGGCGCCUCUACGGAACGCGGCGCGGUUGGUCGGCGACGUCGACGCGUUGUUGGCACUGGCCGAGUGCGCGUCGCAGCGGGCCUGGACGCGGCCGACGGUCGACGGCAAGGCAUUGACAAUAGAGGGCCUGCGGCACCCGCUCGUGGACGAAGCGGUCUCGGACUACAUCCCUUCGGACGUAAAGCUCGGCGGCGACGGCGCCAAGAACCGGUGCUGGCUCGUGACCGGUGCGAGGCAGCGUCCUUUCCGCUCCGAGGCUCGCCGCGUCGACUGUGGCGCCGCCGUGACGCCAUCGACGCGACGCAGGUCCGAACAUGGGCGGCAAGUCGACCUUCGCGCGCGCCGCGGCCCUGGCGUGCGUCCUCGCGCACGUCGGGUCGUACGUGCCGGCCGAUGCGGCGGAGGUGCCUUUAUUAGAUCGGGUCUUCGCCAGGGUGGGCUCGGCCGACGACCCGCGCGCGGGCCAGUCGACGUUCGUCCGCGAGAUGCGCGAGACGGCCGCUAUUUUGAAGAACGCGACGCCACGGAGCUUCGUGGUCGUCGACGAGAUCGGGCGCGGGACGUCGACGACGGACGGAACGGCGCUGGCGGCCGCCGUCUGCGAGACGCUGUGCCGGGGGCCGCUGUCCAUCUUCACUACACACUUCUACGCGCUCUGUGACUUGGAGGCGACGACGGACGGUUGUGUUAAAAACUACCACGUCGACGCUCUUGUUGAUUCGGAGGAGCUGACGUUGUUGUACAAAGUGGAAGCGGGACCAGCCACCAAGAGCUACGGCAUCCACUGCGCGCGGCUCGCGGGGUUUCCCGCGGAGGUUGUUGAGGACGCGGCGGGGCGGUUGGCGGCGCUCGAGAAGGAGGGGGCGUAACUGUUGUGCUACUG